AUUUUGGUAUUUCGGUCCGGAAUUCAGGUGUAUGACAAUUUGGUAAAUUUUUUGAAAUGGUAGGAUGAACUUGUAAUUUUGAAUUCUUUUUCUCCUUCCCUGUGAGCCUGCGAUGAAGCAAAUCAGUUUCACUUUCCCUCAAUUUCCUAAUCGCUAAUUUCUCUCCUACCCUACGCCAGACACCUUCCGGCCUCCAGCCUUCCGCCACAAGCAGCAGCUCGUUGACUCGGUCCACUACGUCACAGCUCCUCUUUCCCCGCCGCAGGUCGUCGUCGAUCUACAUUCCACCGGAUAAUUUGAGUAGGAAUCCUAUUCGGUAUCUUUCUUGGUGUUAUAGAAAAGAAAACUGCUUUAUCUUUCAGUUAGUGGCACACAUGUUGUCUGAAGAUUUGUAACCUGUAUAUCCCUAGAAAUGAACUCACUGAGAACGCUUGCAUCGAGCCUCUUACGGCGGCCGAGUCAGACCCUUGAGUGGUGCAGUGGUGCACCUCAUUACCAACCGCUGCUGCAGCUGCAGCAGUGGAGGGGGAUCCGGGUGAAGGUCCGGGAUGGGAACCUGGAGCAAGCGCUGACUUGGUUGCAGCGGAAGAUGCAGUCGAGUGGGAUUGAGCGACUUAUAAAGCGCCAGCAGAGACACCACAUCAAGAACUCUGAGAAGCGUGUCUUGGCCCGCAAGAACCUCGAGCGCAAGAUCCGAUCCCAGGACCUCGCACGCAAGCUCAAGGCCAUUCUUGUCAAAAAAGUCAGGGGUCUCUAAGGAUAGCUUCGGAGUAGUUUCUUGAUGGGAAAAGGAUAUCACAAGUACCCUGUUAAUUUUGAGGGCGUUUCUUCUUCUUCUGGAACUCAGGUUAUGCAGAUCUGCAAACUCUCUUUCUCCACUCACUACAAUCAAAUAGGGAUUAAAUUGGCUUUCUUUUUAAGUUAUUCACAAAUUCAUUCAGUUUGACACUUGAUGCUCAACAUGCAUUGAGAUUUUUGAACGGUUCAUCAUCCGGCAAUCUUAGCACAAUGUGCUCAAGGUGGAAACAUUUGUAUGUGUUUCUAAAUUUUCAUGUGUUUUAGCUAGACUGUCAUUCAUGAGGGUGGGAAUUACUAGUUCAAUCAACAUAUUAUUUUUGUGUUUGGGAUUUUUAAAUUAA